ACCUGAAGAUGCCAGAGACCACAUUGACUGUGGGGUGUUGCUUAGGGGCUCCUGUUUGGGUAAAAGUUUGAUUUCUGAUGAUGUCUCUUGCCCACACCACUCACAGUCAGAAGAUGGAACUGGACUGAGAAGCUCCAUCCCGAUGCUAAGCUCAGCUUCAGAUAAAGUGGCUCGAGAAAAGCUCAAGAAAUUCUUUGUUUGGAUUUACAGUGAUGCACAAUAAGUGGAUGUCGUGGGGUAACCAGACAACGGUGACCGAGUUUGUCCUGCUGGGUCUCUCUGAAACCUGGGAAGUCAAAGUUCUCUUAUUUGUCUUCUUCCUCCUGCUGUACAUGGCUACUCUCUACAACAACAUUCUCAUCCUCUCGGCAAUUAUCAGUGAUCACCGGCUUUUCGAUUCCCCCAUGUUCUUUCUGAUAGGUCAUCUGGCUUUCCUGGAUCUCUGCAUGUCCUCCUUUGCUACCCCAAGGUAUCUCUUUGAUUUCCUUGCGCAACGCCAAGCCAUCUCUUUCCAGGACUGCAUGGCCCAAAUUUUCUUCCUCCAUCUCUUUGGAGGCAGCGAGAUGCUCCUGCUGACAGCUAUGGCCUAUGACCGGUACGUGGCCAUCUGCCAUCCUCUCCACUAUGUCUCACUCAUGAGCCGAUGCCAUUGCAUAGGGCUUGUGCUAGCCUCCUGGGCUGGUGGGUUCAUCCACACCAGUGUGCAAUUGGGUUUCAUGAUAAAUGUGCCCUUCUGUGGGCCCAAUCGGGUGGACAACUACUUCUGUGACCUUCCAUUGGUCAUCAAGUUGGGUUGCAUUGACACCUAUCCCCUGGAGGUCAUGAUGGUGACUAAUAGUGGAAUUAUGUCACUUGUGUCUUUCAUUGCCUUGCUUCUCUCCUACGCACUUCUUCUCUCCACAAUCUGCUCCCGGGGGCCCUCUGAAGGGACCAGCAAGGCUGCCUCCACAUGUACCUCUCACCUGAUUGUGGUCACCAUGUACUUUGGGCCCUGUUUGUUUAUUUAUCUACGUCCAUACACCCGGUUCAUGAUUGAUAAAGUGUUCUCCGUCUUCUCCAUCUCCAUUACCCCCUUCCUGAACCCUACUGUCUAUGCCCUGAAGAACAAAGAGAUGAAGGCUGCCAUAAGAAGACUGUUGGCAAGACGUUCUGGACAGGUGUCUACUCAUGGCCGCCCUGGGGCAUCAGGAAAGAGCAUCAAAUAGUUAGCUAUUUAAUUUAUUGUUGCUCUUGUGUAUAUAGACAGUGUGGAGAAUGCAGAUAGAGAGAAAGGUGUUAUUUUCCCUUCACGCCUAAUUCUAGAACCUGGACUAAUCUGAUGAAGCUGAAUGUUGCAAGAUUCCGAAGGGAAGAAAGGAAAGUCCUUCUUCCCACAACCAAGGUUAAAUUGCCGCACUUAAUGGCCACCAACUCAGAUGUUUUUAAAAGUAUUACACAAUCAUGGCUAUCAAUGGCUGCGAAUCAUGAUAACUAUGUUGCCUUCAGUUUCAGAGACAGUAUGUCUCUGAUGGAGAAUUAUUAUCUUCUCCUGUGGGAUCUUUGCUGGGGGUCCUUUAAGUAAUUUAUGACACAGGCUUAAAGCAAAAGGUAGGCCUUUAUUUCUAACAAGCAUAAAAUCUGGAGAGGACUGCAGUGAGGUACAGUCUGCACAGAUCUUUUAUACCUUAAAAUUACAGCAUGUGAUAGUAAUUAACCAAUCCCCUAAGUUCUUCCCCAUGUAAUGUAACAGUUCUUUCCUCUUGCAAUAUUUCCAACCAACCAGAUAACUUUAAUUUUACAGAUACCUCCCAUCAUUGUCUUGUUGUCUUCUUAGAUUAAUGUCAAUCUGUCCCCUUGACUGAUAUUACCACUAUUCUACUGUCAUAUGUUACUGAUGAUUUUGUACCAUUUUGAAAGCAAUAUGUACCAUACAUGCCAUUCUAUCAUGGCUCCUGAUCAGUCAAGCUGGCCAGAAACAUCUCUAGGACAUUACAACCUGUUCUUUUAAGUGAUACCAUGAUUGCAAAGCCAAGUUUUGGUUCCCACCUCAGAAUACUUCUCACCUCGAGAAAACACUUAUUAUAUUUAUGAAAUAAGAUUAUAUACAUCAUGCUAUUAUAAAAAUCAGUAUCAAGCUCAAAUUUUCUCUCCUUUCUACCUUAAUUCUGUU